AACUAUUUCAUUUCCGUUGUAUGUUUUCGUCCGAGCCGCUGUAUCCCACGAGAGAUUGAAAUAAAAUAGUAACAUUUCAACGCACCUUUUCAACCGAAAACGAGAGGUCAGAGGCGGCACUUAGUGCAAAUAUGUCGCACACAAUUCUGCUUGUCCAGCCAACCAAAAGACCAGAGGGCCGCACAUAUGCAGAUUAUGAGUCUGUAAAUGAGUGUAUGGAAGGUGUAUGCAAGAUGUAUGAGGAACAUCUUAAGAGAAUGAAUCCAAACAGUCCCUCCAUCACUUAUGACAUCAGUCAGUUGUUUGAUUUUAUUGAUGAUUUGGCAGACCUGAGCUGUCUUGUGUACAGGGCUGACACUCAGACCUACCAACCGUAUAACAAAGACUGGAUCAAGGAAAAGAUCUAUGUCCUACUGCGGCGUCAAGCCCAACAGGCUGGGAAGUGAGAGCAUGAGGGAAUAAUUUACCCUGCAUUCAUUAAAACUUAAAACAACUUAACUGUAAAUUUCCUAAAUACUUUUUAGAUCUGUGUAUAGGGAAAACAAUGCCAGAUUGGUCAGGGGAUUUUUGAUAAUCAGCACAACUGGGAAGGGUUUGAUAUAUGGGGUCAAAUGAGAGAUUCCGGGGUUUCUGCAGCAAAAGAGGGAGUUACCUACAUUAGGCCAUGUUAAAUCACAUAUGAAAAAAUGUACCUGUUUUUUUUUCUUUCUUUCUCUCUUUUUUUUUUUUUUGCUUUUUUGUACCAGUUAGUAACUGUCAUUAUUGGGGAAGGGUUCACUCAAGUUAGUGCUCUAAUGUGCUCCAAUAUUCCUUUUUCAGACCAGUUUUUUUUUUUUUCAAAAAAGCUGAUAUCUAUAUCAACUUUUUUCCUGGUACUUCACAUGUUUCUUGCUGAUGGUUGUUGUUGUAUUAAGAUGACUACAUAGCAUGAAACCGAUUUGUGAUUUAUUGAUAAAAAAAUAUGGUUGACAUCCUGUGUUCCUCUGAAACUAUCCAUCCAUUAUCCAGACCACUUAUCCUAUGCAGGGUCGCGGAGAUGCUGGAGCCUAUCCCAGCAGUCAUUGCGCAGCAGGUGGGGAGACACCUUGGACAGGCCGCCAGUAAAUUUAAUUUUAGAAAGUGUUCCAUUCUGGCAAAAAAGGCAGAUGUACUACCUUCCUAAAACAGGUUCUUCAUGCUUAGCUUACAGUUACUUCCCAUUUUGCUGCUUUCUAUCCCUUUCCUGUAAAAAAAUUGCCUACAAAUAGAAAAAAAUGGAUUAGUGAAACAUGGCCUUGUCUGAUUUCUUGCAUACUAUCUUGAAAUUGGGAAUAAUUGCUGCAAAGAUAACAUCAACUAAUUGGUAGAGGGUGACAUCUUGCUGGAAGGGAAGACAUACUCCACGGGAUGCAUAAAACAGGGAUAUAUUGUUAGUCAUAUCCUAGGGUUUUUAAUGGUUUUUCAUUUCAUUUAAGAUUGUGGGUAAUUUUUUUUCCUUGCAAUAUAGAUGAGUUUUUUAUGCUUUUUUAUGCUUGGGCGGCACUGUGGUGCAGUGGUUAGUGUGGUCGCCUCACAGCAACAAGGUUCUGGGUUUGAGCCCCAGGGUAGUCCAACCUUGGGGGGUCGUCCCGGGUCAUCUUCUGUGUGGAGUUUACAUGUUCUCGCCGUGUCUUGUGUGGGUUUCCUCCCACAGUCCAGACAUGUAGGUCAGGUGAAUCGGCCAUACUAAAUUGCCCCUACGUGUGUGGUUGUUGGCCGUGUGAUGGCCUGGCGGCCUGUCCAGGGUGUCUCCCCACCUGCUGCCCUAUGACUGCUGAGAUAGGUUCCAGCAUCCCCGCGACCCUGCAUAGGAUAAGUGGUCUGGAUAAUGGAUCGUUUUUUUAUCGUUUUUAUUCUUCAACUGACUGCCCGACAUUGGAUUUGAUAGUUGUCCCUGCUUUCUCUGUUAGUGUGUUAUGUUUCAUUGAUUUGAAAUGAAUAAAAUAUUGUUU